CUUCUCUCCCUGUGUCCAUUUUCUAACUUCUUUUCCUCCCCUCUUAUCCCCCUCUCUCUCACUCUUACUCGUACUCUUUCUCCUUCCCCCUCACUCCAGUAUAACUUCAGCUCUCCUCCCACCUCUUUCACUUCCCUGAGACUCGUAACAUCUCCAUCACCUCUUCCCCUUUCUCCCUCCCUCACUUCCCAUUAACUCUAUCCAUAUCACCCCUCUCACCCUCUCUUUCACUCUCUCUCCUCUCUUUCUCACUCAUGUUUAUGUUUAAAUACUUGUGUCUUUCGAUAUCUCGCUCACAGAAUUAUCCCCCUCUCUCCCUAUCCUACUCUCCCCCUCUCUCUCUCUAACUUUAUCUCUCUCUUUCCUUAUCUUCUCACUUUCUCUUAUACUUCUCUACCAAUCUUUUUCCCUUACCCUCUUUCUUUCAACCUACCUCUCACCGUCGCUCACAACCUUUUCGCUCCCCCCCUCUAACUUUCACUCUAUCUAUUCCCCAAUCAGACUUCUGACAUCCUCCCUCUCUUCCACCACCAUUCUCUCUCUCUAUCCCUCUAUCUAUCUCUCCCACUCUCCAUCCAUCCAUCCGUCUUUCUAUUCCUCUGUCCUUCUCUCUCUCUCUCCAUCUCUCUAUCCAUCCAACCAUUCACAAAUACACCUGUAGCCAUCCCCUCCACCUUCCUUACUCCGGCUCUGACUCUAUCUUAAUUAUCCAAACCAUUCCUCACAGCGCACUCCCUAAUACAGCUCUACCUAUCCCUUCCGCAUCACUCCCUUCUCUCUAGCCCUCCCCCUAUACUGCCUGUCCCCCUCCUCCAUCGAUGAUAACAUUCGGAACUUAAAAUAGCGAUGACAUAGGAUGGUAUGAUGACUAAAUAUAAGAAAGAUUGCCGUAGUCAGAAUAUCUGGACAAAAAACACUCUGGGGCCAUGUCUGUAGGACCUGGUUUUGGCCACAACAGCCCCUUGUUAUUCCAUACCUCGUUACCUUCUUACUUUGCUCUAAUUUAUCAUAACGAACUUUUAUAUUCAGAUUAUUUGCAGUAAUCGUUACAGAUGUGAAGGAUUUCUUCCUCAUCGCACUUCUUAAAAUGCAAAAGAACUGCAACAACAAGAACAACGACAACCACAAAACCAACAACAACGACAACAACAACAAAAGGUUCCCCUUAUUUUAGAUGUGGCUGGACUUUGUGAAAGGAGAGCUAAAAUCUGGAAAAGUAUUUUGAUUCUGUUUGGUAAUUCUGAGAACAUUCUAGACGAAUGUCUGCUCAAGUUCUCUCUGUUGUUUGACAGAAUUGCUGAAAGUUGUUGAAGAGACAGGGAAAGAUAAGAAUCGGAACUCGGAAGUCAUACAGGAAGGUACCGGUCUUCAUCGUUUCGUUAUGAUUCCUGGUAAAUUUAUCAGGAGAUGAGAUGACUUUUCAUUUCUGUAAAUCACAACAUGGGAACCAGUUGCCAUGACCCAUGUGAAAAUGUGUUAUUAUAAAUAAUAUAGAAAUAAAAUCAAAAUUUAACUUGAAGUUACUUACAGGGAAAGCUGAAAGUCUUGUUUAAGGAUACAACACAGCACCAGUAGCUUAUCUCUAAGAAUCCGAAAUAGGGUUCCAGUUAUAUUUCAAUAAAGAUUUUACCAUUUUUGAUAGUGAGAACUUCAAAAAUUUUAAUAAAUUGGAGAAAAAUUUCUUAAAUUUUUUUUCUCUUUUAAUUGUUUUGGAAAAUUUAAUUUCCAUAUUUGUAAUUAGGAUUUUCAAAGAACAGAAAAUGAAUGAGAAAAAUGAAUUAUCAGAGCAGAGUUGUUCUUUGUUUGGUUCCGCAAACUGUGAGCUGAAGACCAUUGACAGCGUGUCCUACAGCAGCAUCUUCGAACAACACAAAUACUUGGCUGACCAACAACCGGACAACAAAUGUGUUGACCAGUGUAACUUUAAGACCACUCCAGCCAGCCAUACCGAUUUCAAACUGGUGCGCAGUAAUCCAGACCCAAGCAUAAAAGUGAAUCCGCCAACCCCGACCACGCCACGACCACCUCCACCUCCACCUAUAAUAACAACAACAACAACAGUAGCAGUAGCGGCCGCGGCAGCAGCAGCAGCAAGACCAACAUCGGCAGCAAUGACAACCAUAACGACAGAAGCGGGCCCAGUUGCAGCAGCAAUUAAUCUCAAUGUUAAUCAAAUUAGUAAAAACAGGAACGGUCUUGAUAAUAAGGCCAAAAACCUGUCUCAACCCACGAAUAAAAAGACUUUUCAGUGCGAGACGUGCUUGAAACAGUUUGCCCAGAGGCAUUACCUGGUCAUUCACAGUCGGUCGCACACCGGUGAGAAACCUUUCCAGUGCAGCUUUUGUACGCAGAAGUUUGCACGCCGCGAUACUCUGCAGGUGCAUAAACGAACGCACACGGGCGAGAAACCGUUCCACUGCGACCUCUGCCCAAAACAGUUUGCGCAAAAGGACAAAAUGCAGAUCCACCGCCGAAUCCACACCGGCGAGAAGCCGUACAAGUGUCAUGUGUGUUUGAAACCGUUUUCGCAGAAAAGCACACUGCGGGUGCACCUCCGAUGCCACUUCGGAGAGAAACCGUACGCAUGUGACAUCUGUGCCAAACAGUUUCCUGUACGAGACAAACUCCGGAAACAUUCCAUUACCCACACCCGAGAGAAGCCUUACCCGUGCAACAUCUGCCUGCAGAAGUUUGCUCGCAGAGACACGAUGGAACGACAUAAAAAGAAACACAACAAGAAGGUGUUUGUCUCCAGUACAGCAACAGCAACAACAACAACAGCAACAACAACGUCAACAGCAGCUGCAGCGGCGGCAGCAGCGGCGGCGGCGGCGGCAGCGGCAGCAGCAACGUCAAUAGCAACAACAAUAACAACUACAAACUCAACCGGUCACACAGUAUGCACCACAGCCGGCUCGAACACGCUCCACCGACCUCAGCAAACGCCGGCAUGUUGUAUGAAUUGGUGAGGUGGCCAUCUGUGGAAAGGAUAUACUUCACAAGGCACACAGAUAUGACUAAUAAAAGAUUUAACACAUCUA